AUCGGAAGUUGGCUGUGUUUACAAAAUGUUUCAUCCGGUUUGUGCUAUCAGCUAGCACAACUGCUAAAGUUCUGUUAUUUUCUCACUAGUCCGGACCAUUUUCUACCUAGGUGCAACAUCAACAUGGCUUCUGUGACACCAGCAUGAUGUUGAGUUAAUUAAAAUGUGACUUUAUGUGCAGAAGUUAGAAGCAGAGCUCUUUCCAAUGUUAGCUCGUAGCUGUUUAGUAACAACAGAUGUUCUGCAGCAAUGAUUUACUUCAACAGGUGUUAACUUUAAAAAAGCAACAUUAGUGGGGUGAAGUUUCUUUUUGCAAGUAUCCUAAAUAUUUUCCGCCUAAAAACGUUUAUAUUAGUCUAAAUAUCAUUGGUUUUACGUAUCUGGCUACGAUGUGUAAACUUAGCAAGAGUAAAAUGCCACUCUCUUACUUAUUAAAAAAUAAAUAAACUCAAAUUGCUAGCCUGUCAUGAUAUUCGGCCGUGUGCUGUUGAGCCUCAGUUUGCACAGGUCGAGAAGUGUUUGCUUUGAAAGACUGAAUAUCGUAAAGGAGCUCCGAGUUUGGAAGCUGCAUUCAACGUUUACCAACAGCUGUAGUAAAUUAGAAGCUCUUAAACCACCGGUUCACAGACUCAGACCUCAGAUAACAGUCCAGUCCUGUGUCUGUUUACCAGCAGUGAGUGUUAUGCAACCAGCCAGCAUAUCCUAUGAAGGUCAGGGCAAUGCUGUGGCCCCUGGGGGUGAAGAUGACGAGGAGGAGGGUUGUACAGGUGGGGCUGAAACCUUGGUUCAACUGGGGAGCGGAAUGCAACAAGAUAAAAUUAGUUUAACCAGUCAGGUUGAUGCGAUCAGCUUGGAGGUCCAUGGAAGCACCGCAGACGCUGAAACCUCUACAGGGUUAACUCCAGCGGUGUCAAGUGAAAAAAAAUCAAAGAGGAAGAUGCGGAGAGAGAGGAUAAAGCUGAUGAAGAGGAAGCUAAAAUCAGCUGAAGUUUCUGCCAAUUUAAUGUCAGAGCUUCCGUUUGCUCUCACCAGUCCCACCACGUGGAAAGAGCUUGGCUUUCCCACGCCAGAGACAUCUGAGAAAAAGAGGAAGAGAAAAAGAGGAGACAUGGGGGGCAGAAUGGACAGCGAGGAGGAUGGUGACCAGAAGAAAAAGAAGAAAGAGAGCCAAAGACCAAACUACUUUGUCUCCAUACCCAUUACCAACACUCAGAUAAAGUCGCUUGUGAAAGAGGUGCAAGAGGCCGUGCUUCAGCAGGAGCCCCGACUCGCCAAAGCCAUGAUCCCAGUCCCAACCCUUCACAUCACACUACUGGUCACUCAUCUGGCCAGUGAGGAGCAUGUAGAGCUUGCGGCUGCCGUGCUGGCUCAGGCCGAGCCGUCAGUGGCUGAGCUGCUGGGGGGGCGGGACCUGGUGCUGCCCUUCUCGGGAAUCCGUCAUUUCAGGAAGGAGGUGGUGUUUGUUGGGCUGGACGGCGGAGAACACAGACACACACUGGACAGCCUUGCAGAGUUGGUGCGCAGACGUUUCGAGGAGCAAGGUCUCCUGCAGGGAGACUGCCGUGACUUCGAGCCCCACCUCACCAUCAUGAAGCUGUCAAGAGCGUCAAAACUCCGAUUUCAGGGAAUAAAACGAGUGGAACCAGGCCUGUACUCCGACUACACAAACAAAUUUUUUGGAAACCAGACAGUGGAGCGUUUGGAUUUGUGUUCCAUGUUAAAAAAGAAGCAGCAAGAUGGAUAUUACCACACCGAGACUUCACUACAACUAGAGUUGACUCAGAGUCCGAUCCAUGUCAAGCGCUUAAGUGGACGCCGCCGCUCGGAGCCCGACGAGGCCGAGCUGCUGAGGGUCAGCAGGAGGUUGGUGGAGGACGCCGUCAGCCGCGCCUUGCAACAGUACAAACAGGAAACGCUUCAAAACGGGGGCGGGCCCAACGCCGCAGCGCUCCAGACGCCUGGAAGCACGGAGGAGACGAAGACGGACACUACAGCCAACUCCUCCACGGACAACAGGAAGUGACAUGUUUGCGUGGAGGCGCACAGACUCUGAACAUCCAGUGGCCCAGACAAGAUCAGCUAGGCCUGGCUAAGAAGGGUGAGCAGUGCGCUAAGACCCGCCCUCAAAGCCAAAACCAAUCACAGCACGCUUCCCACUCGAGCUAGCUGGGCAAAGUGCUCAAUAAUUAGAUAAUAUAGCUUCACGUCCUAGCAGUGGUGACUGUCCUAGCAGGACACCUUGGUAAUUAAUUUGCCGCUGUCCAGACAUGGACGUAUGUGAAGCACUCCUUUAAACGCAGGCUCCGCUGCGGAGACGUCCUUCCGGUCAGUUUCACCGCUCAUCACUGUGUGGCCCGAGCUGGUCUGACUCACCGAGGCCGGAUUCUUCCAACUUGAAUCGUGGUUCAGAGUGUCCGACUUUGGUCCUCGCACGCCUUCGUUUGUCCGGCUGCCGUCUUCAGGACAUGGGUUUUCUUUAGCCUUCCAGCAUUUUAGUUGUUCAGACGUCUCCCUCCACCAGGUCAAAGAAACACAAGCUUUACGUGUUGUGUGAGUCCUGCAUUACCCAAGUGACAAUCCUUUAGCUCGGCGGCUGCUGAUGGCGGGUUUUGAAGCCGAUCUGGACUCCAGCGUCCAGAUUCUUCCACGCAGUGCAUUAAAAUAAUAGAUUAAUAACACUAACGUCACACAGUUCAGGAGGCCUGGACGCAGCGAAUGCCAGAAAACAACACAAUGACUUGUUGCCAAGAUCACAUCUGUACUCGAUCAAUGCCAAAACUGACACCAUUGUAUUGCUCUCCUAUCUACUGUCUAUUCUGUUUGAAAGAGUGGAGAUAAGAGUAUUUAUGUUAUGCCUGCCGUUUAAAAAUCUGAGGCAAACUCUUUGCGCUGAUUUGUCGAAAACAUCCUGGAGUCUGGCUGUUUGAGGCUCUGCGUUUUUUUCUUUCUGGACGUUUUUAAUCGUAAUCUGAGAAGCUUUGGUUUGGUGGAAAGUGUGCGGGCAGCGAUUCCAAUGAAAGCUCACAAGCUCUUCAGUUUACCAUCUUUCAUUUGUUUCUUGUUUUUGGUUUUAUUGUCUUUGCGUGGCGUGCAGCUUCGCAGAUUAUUUAAUGAAUUUUCGCGGAAAGCUUCCAGAGAUAUUUGACAGUGAAGGAUAAAACAAAGAUAAAUAGUCAUUCCGUUACUUUUAAAGUUUAAUUUCCUUUCAUGCGAAAGCAGAAUCUGUUCUCUGGAAGUUAAAUAUAAUUUAAUGUCUUUUAAAAAAAUUAUUUUUUUCUGCUAUCAACAAGUAAAAUUACAUUUUUGAAAAUCUUAAAAGCACAGAAUUUUACAUUUUUCUUUUUAACCGUUUUUUUGUAUUAUUAUUUCAGCUUUGACGGUGGCAUCACAAAUUUUUGUGGUUAAAAGUUACUUGGCGUAAUGAUAAGUAGGUAACAUUUCUAAAUGAUAAUAUCUUCUAAAUUUCAACCUUUGGUUUAAAAUUUUGUAGUAAAACAAAAUAAAAAAUAAAAAAAAACCCUACCAAACAAACGUGGAAACAGCCUUUGUGUUGAAUCCAAGCUAUUUGCAGUUUUCUUUCUUUGGAUCCAAACAGCUUGGAGCUUGAAAUUACAGUUCAGUCCCUGUGAAAUCCACUGAACCACCGUCACUGUGGGCAGCAGCUCGUUCUGUCUCAAGGUGGACUUUGGAGGCUUUUUGUUUGUUUGCUUUGAUCUUUUGCUGUCACCAGAUCCUUAAAUCUCCAUGAAAAAUCCCCUUUAAAUGCAAAAGUUCUCCUGUUUGCCUCUGUGACUGUUCGUCUGUCUCUGAAAGCCUGCGUGUGUGUGUGUGGUGUGUGUGCAUCUGUGUGUGUUCUCAUUCACAUCAUGUGCAAGACUUGUUUGAUCAGUGGAUCCCUUUAGAAGCUCCUGUCUGUAUCAAUCAAGGCACCAUUUUGUCCUGUGUCAACGACAAAUGGGCCUUUUUUUGUUUGUCUUUCCAUGUAUCCACAUGCAUGUUGGGAGAUGUGUGUAUGAGUGUGUGUUCUUUGUAUCGUGUAUUGUACAUCUUGUUCUGCCAUGUCUGAACAAUAAAACAGGAUAUGAGAUUUAAAACCAA